AUGGCUGAGGGUGAUUUUACCCUUGAGGUAGGCUUUGAGGCAGAGCACUUCGCGAAUGCCGUAGAUGAUUGUCUCGGUGGUCCGGGGUCAAAUCAGCAGAAGCAAGAGCGGGUGCUGGAGCUUGUUCAAAGGUUCUACAACCAUGCAUCAGAACGUCUUGACCAACUACGGCAUCGUGGGUCCGGAAACCUCACUGAUAACGAGAUGGAUGUGGAUGAUGCAGAAGACGAGACAGAUCCCGCAGCAACCAUCUCGCAAAUUCGCAAGUGGGAAUCAGAGCUUCAGACUUGGGAUCUGCUACAACGACUUGUUACGCUCAGAUACCCUCAGACCAAGUCGGCGGCAGUCACUGGAGGCCUUGAUGCGGAAAUCCAUUCUCGAAAGGAUGAUCUGUGGGGCUCAUUCGUUGCGCAGACCGACCGAACAGCAGAGAGGAAAACGGUUCUUGAGUGGCUGCAACACACGGCGACAACAGGUCCUGCAAUCGACGAACUGAUUCGCGACUUGCAGCAAAACGCUGAGCGCGGCCAAAUCAUUGCUCACGGAUGCAUCCAUUCGCGAACAGCUCUCAAGCUGCACAAAGAUCUUCUCGGAGCCUCGCGCCCUUUGGAUCCCCUUGCCGCUAACGUCGCUCAAUCGUUGAUGACAUCUGACAAGGCUCCACUCGUAUCACAGCUCGACCCAGAUGCUGUGACUCGCCAGUCACGUAAGCUCGAACCACAGGAUGAGUUCUUUGAGCGAGCCAUUUGGGUCGGUUGUUACCAGCUGCUUCGACGCGGCUGCACCUUGGCCAAGAUUCAAGAAUGGUGUGCCGAACGUACAGAGACCUGGCGUGCUGUAUCCUUGUCAGCUCUUCCUUCAGCAGGCACAGGUGAUGCCGUUAUUCACAAGGAAGAUGCCCAUUCUAUCGCUCUUUGGAGACGCAUGUGCUUUGCUUCGGCAAGGCAUGCAGGCACUGACGAGAUCGAAUCCGCGGUCUAUGGUGUUUUGGCCGGCGACAUUCAGAGCGUAGAGAAAGUCUGCAAGUCGUGGGACGACUUCAUGUUCAUGCACUACAAUGCACUUCUACGCAGUCAGUUUGACAGUUAUGUCCUUGAGCAAUGUCAACCGGAAAUGUCUGCCAACAUCGACCAACAAUUCGCCGUUUUCGAUGCUGUCCAGUAUCAUGGUGAAGAAUCUACAACCGAGAAGCGACUUAUCAAAUCACUAAAAGUCCACAAGCUUACGCGCGACGAAGCUUUGAUGCCACUCAAGGUGCUACAGGCGGCUCUAAUCACGAAAGAAACUAGCCAACACUUUCUUCAACAAGGCGUGGUAUUGGCGAGGGAACGGGGGGAGGUUGAUACUGAGCCUACCAAUACUGAGGCUGAUACACAUGGGUUCGUGAAUGGGCGCGAUUAUGAUACCCUCCGUGUGGCCGUUCACGUUCUUAUUGUACUUUCCACCCUCGACGACCUUGACGUUUCAACCUCACUAUCACCAACACUCGAGCGCGAACCGCAGGCACGUGCUAUACAAGAAACUAUCAUCAGCUCCUAUGUGACUUUGCUUCGACUCGCACAAUACGAGGAGCUGAUUCCCUUGUAUUGUUCAAAACUGUCGAUGCCCCGGGCUUUCGAGGUCCUCAGCAUCAAUCUCCGACAUCUUACAGACCGCGAUACGCGGCUAAAUCAGCUUGAGCUUAUUCAAAAGUCAGGUCUUGACGUACUUCGAUUCGUCAAGAUGCAACCACGGCUCAUACUGAGCCAGCUAGGCAACGUUGAACAAGAAGCUGGCAGCAGGAGAGAGCCAUUUCGAAUCAUCGAAGCUGGCCCUGGCUCUCUUAAAUACGGCCGCCUCAUCAAGAUAGAUUUCUUUGGCGAAGACCCCGAUGCGAUCUCGGAAGAAGAAGAGUUGUUGAUCCGUUCAUUGGAAUGGCUUCUUCUUGUUGAUGAGGCUUGGCCUGAUGUCUUUUUCGUUGGCGUUAAGGUUUACAAGUACUUCUUAGGCACUAUGCGCCUGAAUGCUGCCCGACAACUAGCAAAUAGGGUCACUAUGAGUCAAGUUUUGCAACAGAGGAUCAGUCUUGGCGGACAGGAAGAGGCGGACAUUGCACAUGUUCCGGAGAUCGAUGACGCCUUCUGGGCCGACCAGCUCGAAGCAAUCGGUGAUAGGCAAACUUCAUCAAGGCUGCUAGCCACCCAGGCUAGGAUUUUCCGCGAUCUUGAAUGCCUGGUCAAGGCUCUCGAUACCAUGGAAACAAUCGCUUCGUUGACAGAGUUGUCGCGAGAGGAUCCUUCUGCCAAGCGUGAUUUCUGGAAUCAGGUCGGCAAUGAAGUCAAGAAUGCCAAGGAAUACGUAGAGCCAAUGUUCAAGGGCUGGCUCUUGCUUGACGAAGACGAUGCGCAAUGCCUGCAGGCGCUCCGUGACACCUAUCUUCCCGAGACUAUACUGGCGUAUAUCAGUACGCUCCAUUUUGCAGGAACGUGUGUUUCGAGGGAUAAUUUGCUCGAAUGCAUGGAUCUCGCAGCAGUUAUGGCUCAGAAAGACUCAGAUAUCACCGCCUGUUUUGUGAAGGGGAACAGGAUGAAAGAGCUGGUAGAGGCAUUUGCUGCGUGCAGCAAAGCCCUGGCCAUCGUCUCUGGGGAAAAGAAGGCGGCAGCCUCGAGCAGUAAAAAGAUGCGAGAGAUGGGAUGGUCGAGGGACCUUUGGUCAGUUAGGUCAUGAGUUGUACUGAUGAUUCGUGCGCCUGGUCACUGGUACAAUUUUCGGUUUAUGCUGAUGGGUCGGUCGAGGUAUACACGAGAAGAGCGGCUUGAGCUGGACAGGUGCCCACAACAAUGCUUUCGUGGAUGGACGCAAGGUCACUAGACGGGGUGGCCUGGCAACAUUGGCAAGCGGAUUUGAUCGCUGGACACCAAUGUACGAGAUCGCGAGAAAGGUGGUCAAGGUGAGAUAGAGCUAAGCGUGAUACGGAUGCCUGACGCCAAAAUCUAAUGCUCAUGCCAC